AUGAAGUCGAAAUUGUUAUCUACAUUGGCAAUAGUUACGCUACUGACGCUGAUGAAGGCAAAUCCUAUAUUUGAACCAACAGAAUUGAAAAAUACGUAUGGCAAUCGCUACGAAAAUCUUUUCUUCGGUAUCACGAUUGACAAGCCGGAAGGAUGGCAUCUGAUGAAUACAACACAAUUAACUACUGUAGUUCAGCAGUAUGGUGAUGCAAGAGUGAUCAAUAGUAGUGAUUUGAUUGGAUUAACCGCUGCAAGAUUAAAAAACAAGUUAUUACCUCUCUUCAGUUUUGUAAAAUAUCCAUAUGGAACACGAGAUAAAUCCAAUCCAACUAUUGUAUGUAUAAUUGAAAGUGUACCAGAGAAUACUGGACUGAACAACGAGUGUGAACCCGUUCCGUAUCCAAACAAUGCUAAUGAAAGUAAUUGCCGUGUUAUUACCUUGAAUGGCUAUACUUUUACUAGAAAACAGUCGAUGAUGAACUUAGAUGAUGGCAAAGUGAUUAAACAAAUUCAGUAUACAAGAAAAACCAAAGACGGCUAUUAUUUCUUGUUUACAUUAAGUUAUGAUGAUGAUACGAGCAAACAAGAUCUUGAAAAUGUUAUGAAAAGUUUGAAAAUAUCGCACGAAUAA